CGAAAGUUCAGAGGGAUUCGACCUAUAGAUAGGACGAAGGGCGACAUCCAAUUGAAAGAAACAACAUGUUAUUCCAUAUCUCAGCUUUGUCGGUGAUCUGUGUUAUCCUCUUUUUAAUCUAUUACUCCCGUCGUCGACUUUUAACUUUCCUCGCACCCUACCUUCCCGACAAUCUGGUCGCUCGUUUAUCUCACUACACACCUUUGCAAAGUUACGCAUUUUCCGAACAAGCAGCGGCAGGUUUGACAAGUGGCAACUUUGAUAUCGAACGUGAUAAUCUCGCAGAGGGUAGUUCAGAGAGUCGAUUGGGUUUGGAUGAAGCUGGUGUUGAAGAAGUCAGGCGGAUCAUGGCUUUGGAAAGAUGUACUUUCGACCAAGCUCGAUUAAUAAGACACAAUCGUAUUCUCGCAAAGAACGGUAUAGCCCCCGAUGGUACUCCACUAGAUAGGAAAGCCAUCACUCGACUUUCUUAAUCAUUUCAACACGCUCAGCU